UAGUUAAUGCAUCACACAGUUUUGAUCCUUCAACAUUAAAGUACAGAAAACAAAAUGAAAUUAACUAUAGUUUUUGUAACACUUUUUGCCAUUACUUUAGCUGCUCCACGCCCUGAGGAUGCAAUUGUUUUAAAAUCUGAAUCUGAAGUAGGACCCGAAUCAUUUAAAUAUGCCUAUGAAACAAGUGAUGGUGUUAAGGCCGAAGCUAGAGGUCUGCUGAAAAAUAUUGGAUCGGAAAAUGAAUCAUUGGCUGUGCAAGGUGCUUACACCUAUGUGAACGCUGACGGUCAAACUAUUAGUGUAGAAUAUAUUGCCGAUGAAAAUGGUUUCCAACCCAAAGGUGAUCAUUUGCCUGUUGCAACUUCUGCUUAAAAUUUUUGUUAUUUAUUAAAUAAAAAAUUACAAUAACAUUUGUUUAAA